AACAUUAUGGCGCUGCCGAUUUUUUUAUUCUUUGAUGUUUUGUGAAUUUUUUGGGCGAACUCUGUAGCCCAACAGGUCUCCAUUGUAUUUUUCUGUGGAAACAUUCGAGGAGGAAAAUUUUCUUGCAAUCAAAGAACGAAAUACAACUAAUUUUCUGUGAUUUUGUUGAAGUCGACGAGAGCAUGUCGUCACGAAGCGAGUCGUACUACGGCGGAGGCUGGUCAGACCAGUCCGGUCCAGCUGGGGAUCGGGACGAUGACCGCGAUCGUGGGGGAAGGUUCGGGUUUGCCGGGCGUGAUCGGGACCGCGGUGAAAGGUCUGGGUCCGGCCGAGUCGAUAUGGACAAGCCUCCAAACAGCAGACUCUUCAUCGUCUGUGGGAGGAACCACACAGAGGCCGAGCUUAAGGAGCACUUUGAACGUUUUGGCACCAUUGACGAUGUCUGGCUGGUCAAGAACAGAUCUACCAAUGAGAGUAAGGGUGUGGCCUACAUUAAGUACACCAAGGCGUCCGAGGCCGCCAUCGCCAUGGAGGAAACAGACAACAAAUGUAUCGGGUCCGACCCCAAGCCCCUCAAGGUCUUGAUUGCAAACUCACGGCGCUCAGGAAGCAAGCAAGACAUUGACGGACAAAAGGAACUGAUGCGUAUCUUCAUCAUGGUCCCCAAGAGCUACACAGAGGACGACGUCCGAGAGAAAUUCCAAGUUUACGGAGAGAUUGACCACAUCAACCUACUCAAGGACAGGCGCUCUGGGGAGAACAAAGGGUUUGCCUAUGUCAAGUUCCGCAAGGUUUCCAGCGCUGCUGUUGCUAUUGAAAGCUCUGACCGAGGUUUCAAGGCCAUUCUGGCCGAGCCAAAAGGUCACCGGAACCGUGACGAGCCCAUGCCGACACAGAUACACGAAUCGACUUUUGCCGGAGGGGGUUUCCGGCCUGACUCUGCCUUUGAUCCCCGGUCCAGCUUUGCCUCGCCCGUCGGCGGGGGGUUCCACACCUAUGAGCCCAACUCAUACCACCACCCAGCUGCAGUGACAGAUCCACAAAUUUCACCCAAGCUGUACGUGGUCGUCAAUGGCAGCGUUACAGAGAAUCAACUGAGGGCGCUGUUUGAUCUGGUGCCUGGACUUGAAUACUGUGACCUGAGACAGGAGCGGGGUGAUUUUGGAGUCAAGGGAAUUGCUUAUGUGCGCUACAGCACAGCUGUCUCAGCGGUUUACGCCAAGCAAAAGUUGGACCGUUUUGAGUACCCACCCAGCUGUCCGCUGUCGGUGAAGUUUGUUGAGGAGCCGGGAUCGCCAACGGACACCGUGCGAGCUCAAUUACAGCAGGGGCAAGCUCAGCUCCCCAGUUACAUCAUGGAUCCCACCAUGCUACGACUUCCUGCCCAACAGCCGCUGGUCCACAUCGACUCCGAGUGCAUGGAGAGGCUGUUCAUCGUUUGCAAUCCCGUGGCCCCACCUCCUGCAGUCCUCACAGACAUCUUCUGUCGCUUUGGCAACCUGAUUGAGUGCUACAUGCUCAACAACCGUAACUUUGGCUAUGCCAAGUACGCCGACAAGAGCAGUGCCCUCAAAGCUAUUGAUAUGAUCCAUGGCCAGGAGGUUUCUGGGAUACGCUUUAAAGUCAUGGUGGCCGAUCCGCAGACCAACGACACUCGCAAACGACCGCGCACCACCUAGACCUACCUCGUCGGGUGUAAGACAAGGAGACUGACUCUUAUAAACAAAACCAACCAAACCAACCCCAAAACAUCUGACCCCCCUCACCUUUGACCUUCGCUUUUGACCUGCCAGUGAUUGACCCAUGUGAUCAGACAGUCGCAUUUGACCCCUGACCUUGAAAUAACCUCUGGAGACACAGAGACGCAAGUGCUGGAUGACACAAGACGGGUUGUGUGGGAAAACGCCACCCCAUCUGGAGGAUUUAAGACAAUACAAAAUAGCAGGAACUGGUAAACCAUGACCACUCCACAAAGCCCGACGACGCUGACCUGGACAGAAAAGAGAAGUCCGUCAAAAGCAGAGCUGGUACGAAACAGACGCACAACGUUACGGCUAUGUGGACACGAACCAGUCGAUGGCCAUCACCAACAAAGGACCUCAGCGACAGAGGACGGAGCGCGACCUAACGGGCGCAAGAAGAGACUCUGAGAUACCCUUGCUUGAUUUGACCACUGACCAGAUCUGUCAUGCUGACGACCCCCACGUGUAAGCUGGUUCAGCAGGACAACUCCACCAUUUGGAAAUGUCACGACCUGAUGACGAAAUCCCUACAUACAACCAAACUCUAACUUCCGUCUUUGACCUUUGACCCGACCUGCCACGAGACAAGAAGGAUGGGACGAGGAGGUGGUAUUUCUGACAUGCAGACAGCAAGAAAGACACAUAAAUUUGCCAUUGAUGACAACAACCUUAUGAAACCUAAGUCGUGUGCCAAGACCUGUGUUUCUACUCUGCUGGAGUGGAUUUUUUCCGACUCUAACCAGACGCAGAAGACUCACUAUGCACAGGAAACAAAUGGCUUUACAGAGGACGACAAGAUCCGCUGCAAACAGCAGGAACAAUUUGACCCUGUCGCUAUUAAACAUGCGAAUUAGACCUCAAACUUUGACCUUCCAUGUGACCUUUUGACUCACUAAACUGUACAUACGGCAGUCAUUUACCACACUAAAUGUACACACAGAAAUGUUGACUUCUUUUCUCCUGUUGCUAGAUAUUGUGAACUUUUGUCUCUUUUUGUCUGUCUAAAAAAUUGUUUGACUUUGGAUGAGCAAAAAUGACUUACCUGACCCAUGAAAACAUACUUUUAACCAGCUGGUUAAAUUUUUGUGCCAGACCGAAAUGCAGUGGUUACCAUGACAACCAUUUUUGGGCCUUCGUCAGAUCAGGUUUAAGAAAAUCAUAAUCCUGUGCAGUUGGGGAUUUGACCCAACUGGAGUCAAUUUUAGUUGAAUUCCCAAGUCAAAAAUCCUGAAUGUUAAUUCAAAGAACCAAAAAUGGAAGAACUACAUUAAAGAUGAAUUCAGAAUUAAUUUGAACAGUUUGUCAGCAAAGCGAGGUGCCAAGUAGUAUUUUGAAAUUGAGCGUUAUUCCAAAAUUAAACUCCCGUUUUCCAACUGGCAUUUGAAAUCGUUGCAAGAGCUACACGUGUUGCAUAUCAAGUUCUCACUGGAAAUCCAUUCAUCUUCUCAACACCUGAUUCAUUAUCCCACAAUCUGUCUGAAGGAAAAAACAUGUGGAGCAAGUGUGUAAGUGGUAAGAAUUUUUAAAGGGGGGAUGUUCUCCGUACGAAAGAUUUUCUUUGUUUCAAAGCAAGUGUGUACAUUGUACAUGAAGUGGUUAUGUCAUGUUAUGUAAUUAAAAAUAACAGAAAAGGUCUUGUGUGUCUUUAAUUUUGUUCAAGGUUUGAUGUUCCACACUCGGUUGUACAUUUGAAGUUAACGUCACUGUGGUUUUCAUGUCUGAGAAACUCGUUUAACUCUUGGCUGUGUGAUACAAACGGGCAAUAUAAUGCACAAGUUACCCCUCCCCAGCAGCCGGGAUUCGAACCCCCAAAGCCGUCGAUACGGGGUCCAGCACCCAGUCUGAGAAAAACCCUCACAGCCUUUCCAAGUAACCAAAGUUCACAGUUAGAAUGAUCACAACAGAACCACAACAGAAUCACUUCUGUGAAUAAACUGCACGGCGUGAUACAAGCCCAAAUGCUUUUGGUGUCCAUUUUUUUUCCCCCAAUGGUUUUAAUUUGUACAUUUUCAGCCACAGUAAGUGAUGUACAAAAUAGCUGCCAACAUCGUACAUUUCUUGACACGAGUACAUUGACAUAAAAGCGGGCCCCCGUCUCCAGAGCUCAAAGAACAGGAACAUGUCAAAACAACCAAUGCAUAUACAUACACACACUCACGCACACCUCACAAGAAAAAAUUGUUAUACCUACAAUUUCAAUCAAGAGUAAACAUUAAUGCUUACAUUAUGAUGCAAUGUAUUAUUCAACAUACUCUAUGGGCAAUUUUUUUUUUUUCCGUUUCACAUUAUAGAAGAGCCUUUGUAUCUACAAUAAAUUUCUGUACAUAAACACAGCAAUUAGCUAUUUCGUUAGAUUUUUUUUGGUUGACGGUAAUGUUUAUGUGAAAGGUGUUUAAUAUUCAUACGGGGCUGUUGGAGGGAAAAAAACGCAAA